GAUGGUCGAUGGAGUGAUGAUCCUUCCCGUGCUGAUCAUGAUGGCGUUCCCCUCCCCGAGCUGGCAAGACGAUGAACUGAAGCUAAAUAUGGUCCACUACGAAUGUGUGUGUGAAGGCAUGUCCUGUGGGAAUGGAGAUCGUUGCCAAGGCCAGCAGUGCUUCGCUUCCCUGAGCAUUAACGACGGUGCUAAGGUUUACCAGAAAGGCUGCUUCCAAGUCUACGAACAAGGGAAAAUGACGUGCAAAACGCCCCCGUCUCCUGACCAAGCUGUUGAGUGCUGCCAGGGAUAUCUGUGCAACAUGAACAUCACUGCGCAGUUGCCAUCUUCUAAAGGGCAAAGCUUUCAAGGAGAAACUGCAGGUUACAGCAUGGAAACACUAAUCAUUGUUAUACUGGCUCCCGUGAUAGUGCUGGUAGUUUUUUCUGCAGUAGCUGUGCUGAUCAUCAGGAGAAUACAGAAAAACCACAUGGAGAGGCUCAAUUCCAGAGAUGCAGAAUAUGGCACAAUCGAGGGACUCAUUGCAUCAAAUGUUGGAGACAGCACGUUGGCAGAUUUAUUGGACCAUUCCUGCACAUCUGGAAGUGGUUCUGGACUUCCUUUCUUGGUGCAAAGAACGGUGGCUCGCCAGAUCACGCUGGUGGAAUGUGUAGGAAAGGGCCGUUAUGGAGAAGUUUGGAGGGGUCAGUGGCAAGGAGAAAAUGUUGCUGUGAAGAUCUUCUCUUCUAGGGAUGAAAAAUCCUGGUUCAGGGAAACUGAAUUGUACAACACUGUAUUGCUGCGGCAUGAAAAUAUUUUAGGAUUUAUUGCAUCCGAUAUGACUUCCAGAAACUCUAGUACCCAGCUGUGGCUGAUCACGCACUACCACGAGAUGGGCUCUCUGUACGACUACCUGCAGCUCACCACGCUGGACACGGUGAGCUGCCUGCGCAUCGUGCUCUCCGUCGCCAGCGGCCUGGCGCACCUGCACAUCGAGAUCUUCGGCACGCAGGGCAAGCCCGCCAUUUCCCACCGCGACCUCAAGAGCAAGAACAUCCUCGUGAAGAAGAACGGCCAGUGCUGCAUCGCGGAUUUGGGCCUUGCAGUUAUGCACUCCCAAAGCACGAAUCAGUUGGAUGUGGGGAACAAUCCCCGUGUGGGUACCAAACGGUACAUGGCUCCGGAAGUCUUGGAUGAAACUAUCCAGGCAGACUGCUUUGACUCGUAUAAAAGGGUCGAUAUCUGGGCUUUUGGGCUCGUCCUCUGGGAAGUAGCUAGACGCAUGGUUAGCAACGGUAUUGUGGAAGACUAUAAACCACCGUUUUACGACCUGGUUCCAAACGAUCCCAGUUUUGAAGACAUGAGGAAGGUGGUCUGUGUAGAUCAGCAAAGGCCCAACAUUCCCAACAGAUGGUUCUCAGACCCUACAUUAACGUCUCUUGCCAAGCUGAUGAAAGAAUGCUGGUAUCAAAACCCAUCAGCGAGACUAACAGCCCUGCGAAUCAAAAAGACUUUGACCAAAAUUGAUAAUUCCUUAGAUAAACUGAAAGCUGACUGUUGACCUUCUUCUCGUGGUGCUCUCCUGACGGGAAGGCAUCGGUCUGGUUCGGAAGGAGUCUGGCCGGACAGUUGAUACGGUUGGUCCCCAUGUGGCUACUCACAGAGGCAGAAGUUCUUCCCGAGCCAUCCGUGUGGGACACAUCGGAACCCUAUGGACUUUGCUCAGUGACUACAACGGGCAUUUCGCAAACGGUCAAGCUAUAAAGACUCACGCUGGAUGUACUGUUGCAAAGGUAGUGGCCUGAAGGAAGACAGAGAAAUCCUAAGACAAGAUCAGGGCAUUAAAUAAUGGCUUUGAACAGCUUUUUUUCUUUUUUUUUUCUUUUUUUUUUUUUUUUAAUUCUCCUAAUCACUCCCAGGGUGAACACAUGGAAGUGGUAAAUUUUAAUCAGCAAUAUUGCCUGUGCUUCUCUUCUUUAUUGCACUAGGAAUUCUUUGCAUUCCUUACUUGCACUGUCACUGUUAAUUUUAAUGACAUGACUUGCCAAAAAUAUGAUUGGCUGUAUACUACAUUGAUCUAUGCCUGAGUAAUAGGAAUUGAAUUUGGUAAACUGAAAAUGUAACUGUCAGAUUUUAGCUGCAUUUUACAUGUGUACUGAUGUUUACAAUAAUGCUGAACAUUAGGAAUUUCUCGUUUAUACAAAACUUGCAAAUUAUUUAUUACUAGUGCACUUGCCAGUUUUUUAAACUGUAAAAUAAGUGCAUAAAGUUAAAGCUUAUUUUUAUGUGGCCUCUUUCAUGAUUUCUUACACAGAUGUUUUUGUAACACUAUAUAACCUGAAACAUAAAUUGUUUUCUGUAUUAUCAUAUUACAACUCGAUAAUCACAUUUUAAGUGCUUCACAUUUGUAGGUGUGUGGUCUGUUAACAUAUUUUCGGUUCGAAUACGGAACAUAUAUAUAGCCAUUACCCACAGGACCUUGUGUCUAGUACCUUACUGAUCUAGAAGAGGGAAGCAACGGAGGAGUUAACUGUAAUUUUAGGUCAUGAGUGCUGUGGGGAAAAAUGCAUUUUAUUUCUUCUAAGCUAUAUAAUAUGCAUUUAAACUCUGCCAGAAAAAUAACUAUUUUGUUUUAAUCUACUUUUUCUAUUUAGUAGUUAUUUGUAUAAAUUAAAUAGAAUGUUUUCAAGUCAAA